GUGAUGAACGGUCAACAGAAUCGUUAGACGAAGAUUUUUGUAGUUUGAUAUCUCACUCUUGGUCAAGUUCCGUUAGCUAUAAAGCCUCUGAUGUUGUGUAUAUGGUCACGGAAGAGGCAGGGAAGAGAGCUGCAGCCUGCAGAAGUUGACGCAGAAGAGAAUAUCCAUCAGUCGAUAUCAGUUUGACAGAUGAUCCCUUCGAUUCUUCGUUUCCAAGUUCCAUAUGGUGAUGUGGGGAGUCAUUUUCUCCUUACAAAUCACCAAAAACUGCAGCUGGAGAUGUUGCGCAAGAAGCUUCAAGGAAGAAGUGCACAAAAGGUAGACGACAAAGCUGAGAACGGAAGCUAGAAAAGGAGGAGCGGUACGGACAGCGAGUUCAGAGCAGAAUAUCGUAGAAAAGGCCCUCCUUUUUCAGUUUGUCUCCCAAAAGCGAAGUAGGGGGCAGAAAAGCGGAGGGGAGAGAGAAAAAGGUACUAGGUUGUCUCUCGCUGUGGUUCAAUCAUGUCUUGACCUUGGCGGAUUAGGGCGAUGGAGCGUAGGCGGAGCGGCCAUCCGUCGUCGCGCGGAAGCUUGAGGGAGAUAGUGGAGGAACCGAGGGAGUCGCCUCUGCCGGCGGAGGAGGAGGCGGUGUACGUGGCGGUGGAGAAGGAGUUCCGAGAAUGGAGUGAUAAUUUCCUGUGGGUGCUCCGGAACACCUCCAAGGAGAAGAAGAUCGUCAUUGUGCACGUCCACCGCCCGGCGCACAGAAUCCCCACCGAAUUGGGAUGGCUUCCUGCAAACCAGCUGAAGGAGAAGGAGGUCAGUGCCUACAGAGACGACGAAAGGGAAAAGAUGAAUCAAUGCUUAGAUGAGUAUGUGAAUCUUUGCUCUCGUGUAAAGGUACAUAAAGCUGAGACACUAGUGAUCGAGAAGGAUAAUGUUGGAAAAGGAUUGCUAGAGCUUGUUGCUAAUCGUGGGAUCACCAAGCUUGUAAUGGGAGCAGCAGCAGAUAGAAACUAUUCAAGGAAAAUGAGGGCUCCAAAGUCGAAGACAGCUCUUUCUUUGCAACAGCAGGCUGAUCCAUCAUGCAAGAUUUGGUUUGUCUGCAAAGGAAAUCUAAUCUGUCCCAGGGAUGCUUGUCUUGAUGAACCUAUUAUUCCAAAGUCACUUGUGGAAAGCCCAAAUUCAGUAUCCAACCUACCUGAAGUACGAAGAAGAACAAUGUCAUUAUCUCAAGUGCAGGGCGACCUCACAAACUUUUCAAAUCUUACGACACAAGAUAUAUUUACACCAAGGUCAAAAUCUGUGAAUUUUGCUACUUACACAGAGUUGACACUGGCAUCUUUGUCUAAUGAAGGACCAGCAAGGUCACCAAUGUCUGGAGGCAGAGAAUGCAAUAAUUUUGAUAACUGGGCUACUAUUUUGAGAGGUUCAGAUGGUUCAAUAUGCGAUGAUGACGUACAAAUGAUGCCCAAGGAUGUGUGCAGGGAUGAUGAAUCAAUCGUUUUACCCUUGAUGCAUGAUGCCGAAGAGGAUUGCCCGGUUCAGUCUCCACAACAUGAGUUGCAAGAUCUUGAUGUCGAUGAUGCUGUGUAUAAAAAGUUGCAAGCGGCAAUUAGUGAAGUAGAAAAUUCCAAACGUGAGGCUUACGAAGAGUUCUACAAGCGACAAAAGGCUGAAAAAGAUCUAGCCGAGGCAAUGAGAAAGGUCAAAGUAGCUGAGACUUUGUACACUAGAGAGGCCAAACUGCGAAAAGAAAUUGAAGAAGCACUAGAAAAAGGAAAAGGGGAAUUAUCAUCUCUUAAACAACAACAAGAUGAAGUUCAUGAAGAACUACGACAAGUACGUGAAAAGAUGGAAGGGAUUCAGUACCAAAAAUCUGAAUCUGACCAAACUCUCAAUGAUACUAAGGGGAAAUUGUCUGAGGCAUAUGCUUACAUCGAUUCAAUCCGGCAAGAGCAUGAAGUAUUGCGUCAAGAGAUAGACAAUGCCAUUAGAGAGAAUGAAGAACUGAGCCUGAAGAAAGGAGAUGUAACAAUCAGCUCGUAUGGAGCGGAAGCCUUCUCUCAUUUCUCCCUUUCGGAGCUGGAGCAAGCAGCUGACAACUUUCAUUUAUCAUCAAAGAUCGGUGAGGGUGGAUAUGGAUGUGUUUAUAAAGGAUUCCUUCGCCAUACAAAAGUAGCAAUAAAGAGAUUACAUCCUGAAGGAAUGCAAGGAAAAUCGGAAUUCCAGAGAGAGAUUGAAGUUUUGAGUAAAGUAAGGCAUCCAAACCUUGUCACUCUAAUAGGAGCAUGCCCAGAAGCAUGGACUCUUGUUUACGAGUUUCUUCCUAAUGGAAGCUUGGAAGACAGACUAACCUGUGCUGACAAUACUCCACCGCUCACCUGGCAGGCUCGCGUGCGCAUUGCUUCUGAGAUUUGCUUAGCUCUCAUCUUCCUGCACUCGUGCAAACCUCUCGGUGUAGUCCAUGGUGACCUUAAGCCAGCAAACAUUCUUCUUGAUGCAAACUUAGUCAGCAAGCUUGGCGACUUUGGUAUUUGUCGUCUGCUCGACCAGUCUAUCAAUAGCACCACCCUGUUUCAUUGCACGCGCCAACCCAAAGGAACAUUCGCCUACAUGGACCCUGAAUUGCUUUCGUAUGGAGAAAUCACCACCAAAUCUGAUAUUUAUUCAUUCGGAGUAAUACUACUAAGGCUCCUGACUGGAAGGCCUGCAUUUGCGAUUAGCAAAGUGGUACAAGAUGCAUUAGAUAAGAAAUCUUCACAUGAGAUAUUCGAUCGUUCGGCAGGAGAUUGGCCUUAUGUCCAGGCGACGAAGCUGGUGAAAUUGGGAUUAAAGUGUUGUGAAAUGAAUAGGAAGAACAGGCCAGAUACAAAGGAGGCAUGGGAGAUACUUGAGCCCUUUGCGAAGUACGUCUCGUUCGAGAGAUCAUCGACUUCAUUCAGAUCGAUUACAGAAGACAUUCCCUCAUACUUCAAAUGCCCAAUAGUUAAGGAGCUUAUGAAAGAUCCACAAGUAGCAGCUGAUGGCUUCACCUAUGAAGCUAAGGCUAUUCGAGGAUGGCUUCAUAGCGGUCGCGGCACUUCUCCCAUAACUAACGUCGAGCUCUCUCACCAUGAGCUAACACCCAAUCAUGCUCUUCGUUAUGCGAUUCAAGGAUGGCUUCAACAGUUUCAGAAAUAAAGACUGCAAAAGCAAAAGAAGAAGAAGAAUUACUAGUAGAAUUGAAUCUUUUGUUUGCAUAAUCUUAUUGUUCAUGUAAAAAGUAUAUGAAAAUGUUAGAUUGUGAUGUAUAUUAAGUAUAGUCUUUUGUUUGGAUCCUUGAUGUUUCAUGUAUAUUCAUUCCAUCAUUGUUUGAUAUUGGACA